GCCGCCCCCGACCGCCGCCGCCGCCCGCCCGGCCGCCCUCCCGCCUCGCCGCCCCGAUGCCCGCCCGGGCCGCCCCGCUGACCCCCGAGGAGCUGCGCAGGCGGCUGAAAGACUUGGAGAAGAGUGAAGAUGGUCUCAGCGAACGGGAGUGCAUCAAAGAAAAGCUCAGCCUGAUGCACAGCUUCUUACAAGCAGAUGUUCAGAAUCAGCUGAAAGAUCUGGAGACCCAGCUUCGCCAAGAAGAACUUUCGGAGGAUCGGUAUUUGGCCCAAGUCAAAGCCCUGCUCCCCAAAGAACUGUCCUUGGGGAACGGAGACGCCCCGGAACCUGGCCAGAAGACCAAUGGCUAUACAGAGAACGGCACAUGUGGCAGCGACGAAGAAUCCGAGAGACCGAGCCACAAGGGAGUAGAGGACGCCGCCAUGGAAACUGAAGAUGCAGCCGCGUCUUCGUCUUUCUCAACACCGCUGUCCUCACCGACCGUGUCCAAAGCCCGUCGGGGUCGGAGGAGCAAAUCCAACAGCGAGAACAGAAAAUCUCCUGGCAGUUCACGGAUCACCCGGAGUUCUGGCAAGCAGCCCACCAUUGUGGCUAUGUUUUCCAAAGGUUCCACGAAACGAAAAUCUGAAGAGGUGAAUGGAGAAGUGAAACAUGAAAUGAACACAGAGCCCGAGGAAGAGGAAGAAGAGUCUGGAGAAAAGGACCAAGAUGAGAAAAGAAUCAAGAUGGAAAGCAAAGAUGGGUCUGAAGUCAUGGAAGAAGCUAAUCAGGUUAAAAUUAUAACACCUGUUAAAACCACGCCCCCCAAGUGUGCGGACUGCAGGCAGUACCUAGAUGAUCCCGACCUCAAGUUCUUCCAGGGGGAUCCUGAUGACGCACUGGAUGAGCCGGAGAUGCUGACAGACGAGCGCUUGUCCAUCUUUGAUGCCAACGAAGAUGGAUUUGAGAGCUACGACGACCUGCCCCAGCACAAAGUGACUUCCUUCAGUGUUUAUGAUCGCAAAGGUCACCUGUGCCCAUUCGAUACUGGCCUCAUCGAACGGAAUAUCGAACUCUACUUCAGCGGCACAGUGAAGCCCAUUUAUGAUGAUAAUCCCUGCCUGGAUGGCGGUGUCCGGGCUAAGAAGAUGGGCCCCAUCAAUGCCUGGUGGAUUACCGGUUUCGAUGGAGGAGAGAAGGCUUUGAUUGGCUUCACCACAGCUUUUGCGGAUUACAUCCUGAUGGAGUCGAGCGAGGAGUAUGCCCCCAUCUUCGCGCUGAUGCAGGAGAAAAUCUACAUGAGCAAGAUCGUGGUGGAGUUCCUCCAGAACAAUCCCGACGUCAGUUAUGAGGAUUUGCUGAACAAGAUCGAGACAACCGUCCCUCCCGCCGGCCUGAACUUCAACCGCUUCACAGAAGACUCCCUCCUGCGGCACGCUCAAUUUGUGGUGGAGCAAGUGGAGAGCUACGACGAGGCCGGAGACAGCGACGAACCCCCCGUCCUCAUCACCCCUUGCAUGAGAGACCUGAUCAAGCUGGCCGGGGUCACUUUGGGGAAAAGGCGAGCCGCCAGGAGACAGGCCAUCCGGCACCCCACCAAGAUCGACAAGGACAAAGGCCCCACCAAAGCCACCACCACUAAGCUGGUCUACUUGAUCUUCGACACUUUCUUCUCCGAGCAGAUCGAGAAGGACGAGAAGGAGGAGGACAAGGAGAAUGCUUCGAAGCGCCGGCGCUGCGGGGUCUGCGAGGUUUGCCAGCAGCCCGAGUGUGGCAAAUGUAAAGCUUGUCAGGACAUGAUUAAGUUUGGUGGUAGUGGGAAGUCAAAGCAGGCGUGUUUCCACAGGAGGUGUCCCAACCUGGCGGUGAGAGAAGCUGACGAAGACGAGGAGGUGGACGAUAACAUACCCGAAGUGCCGUCACCCAAAAAGAUGCUGCAAGGAAGGAAGAAGAAGCAAAACAAGAGCCGUAUCUCCUGGGUGGGCGACCCUGUCAAGAGUGACGGUAAGAAGGACUAUUACCAGAAGGUGUGCAUUGAUUCAGAGACCCUGCAGGUGGGCGACUGUGUGUCGGUCAGCCCUGAUGACCCCACGAAAGCUCUCUACCUGGCAAGGAUCACCGCCAUGUGGGAGGAUGCCAACAACGAGCCCAUGUUCCACGUCCACUGGUUCUGCCGUGGCACCGACACUGUCCUGGGAGCCACUUCCGAUCCUCUGGAGCUCUUCCUGGUGGAUGAGUGUGAAGACAUGCAGCUCUCUUACAUCCAUGGCAAAGUCAACGUCAUCUAUAAAGCUCCUUCGGAGAACUGGGCUCUAGAGGGAGGACUCGAUGUGGAAAUCAAAAUGGUGGAAGACGAUGGCAGGACGUAUUUCUACCAGAUGUGGUACGAUCAAGAGUAUGCCAGGUUUGAAACUCCCCCGAAGACCCAGCCCUCUGAGGACAAUAAAUACAAGUUCUGCAUGAGCUGCACUCGCUUGGAUGAGGUGAGGCAGAAGGAAAUCCCCAAAGCCCUGGAGCCACGGGAGGAGGUGGAUGGGAAGAUGUACUAUAGCCUGGCCACCAAGAACGGAGUGCAGUUCCGAGUUGGGGACGGAGUCUUCCUCCUGCCGGAUGCUUUCUCGUUCAGUCUGAGACUGGCCAGCCCCGUCAAGCGCCUGAGGAAGGAAGCGGUGGAUGAAGAGCUGCACCCAGAGCAUUACCGAAAAUAUUCUGAGUACAUCAAAGGCAGCAACCAGGAUGCCCCUGGCCCGUACCGCAUCGGCCGCAUCAAAGCCAUCUUCUGCAACAUGCGCAGCAACGGCCGACCCAACGAGGCAGAAAUCAAGCUGCGGGUCUACAAGCUUUACAGGCCAGAGAACACCCACAAGUCUGUGAAAGCCAGCUACCAUGCUGAUAUCAACCUGCUGUACUGGAGCGACGAAGAGGCCAUCGUGGAGUUCCGAGAUGUUCAGGGCCGCUGCACCGUGGUGUACGGGGAGGACUUGACUGAAUGCAUCCACGAUUACUCGGCCAGCGGCUCUGAUCGCUUCUACUUUCUAGAGGCUUACAAUGCGAAAACAAAAAGCUUUGAAGACCCUCCGUAUCACGCCCGAAGUUCUGGAAACAAAGGGAAGGGAAAAGGCAAAGGAAAAGGCAAAAGCAAAGCGAAAUCUUCCGGAGCGUCUGAGCCCAGCGAAAUCGAAGCUCCUGAAAUGAAACCCCUGAAGUUGCGCACGCUGGAUGUUUUCUCUGGCUGUGGAGGCUUGUCGGAAGGGUUUCAUCAAGCAGAAGUCUCUGACACGUCGUGGGCCGUGGAGAUGUGGGAGCCAGCGGCGCAGGCCUUCCGCCUGAACAACCCCGGCACGACGGUGUUCACGGAGGACUGCAAUGUCCUGCUGAAGCUGGUGAUGUCGGGGGAGAAGACCAACUCUCUGGGCCAGAAGCUCCCACAGAAGGGCGACGUCGAGCUGCUGUGCGGGGGUCCCCCUUGCCAGGGCUUCAGCGGCAUGAACCGCUUCAAUUCCCGGACCUACUCGAAGUUCAAGAACUCCCUGGUGGUCUCCUUUCUCAGCUACUGCGACUACUACAGGCCAAGGUUCUUCUUGCUCGAGAACGUAAGGAACUUUGUUUCCUUCCGGCGCUCCAUGGUGCUGAAGCUGACCCUGCGGUGCCUCGUCCGGAUGGGAUAUCAAUGCACUUUCGGAGUGCUGCAGGUACCCUGCUCAGGAAGCAUCUCUGCUGGAGGAAAGCUCAGUUGGGGAUUGGGGGCCGGGGAGGGGGGGCAAAACCCUAUUGCCGUGGAGAGCCAUUGUUUUACGUGCAGCUCCAUGGCUGAGAAACUUCCCCAUGUUCCCGAGGCCCCCCUGCAUGUGUUCCUCGCCUCCCUCGGCCUGCCAGCUCAGUGUGGUGGGUGGACGACAAGAAAUUUGUUAGCAAAUAUUACCAGGACCUAUUCAGGCCCAUUCCGGACCAUCACAGUCCGAGACACCAUGUCUGAUCUUCCUGAGAUCCGGAAUGGGGCCUCAGCACUUGAGAUUUCCUACAAUGGGGAGCCGCAGUCCUGGUUCCAGAGGCAAAUCCGUGGCUCCCAAUAUCAGCCCAUCCUCAGGGAUCACAUCUGUAAGGACAUGAGCGCGCUGGUAGCUGCCCGGAUGAGACACAUCCCACUAGCUCCGGGCUCGGAUUGGCGUGACUUGCCCAACAUUGAGGGUGCUGCUCUAUCGGAUGGGCAAUACACUAAUUCGGAAAGGCUGCCUUACACGCACCAUGAUAAGAAGAACGGGCGGAGCAACAUGGGAGCCAUGCGAGGCGUCUGUUCCUGCGCCGAAGGCAAGCCUUGUGACCCGGCCGACCGGCAGUUCAACACCCUGAUCCCUUGGUGCCUUCCCCACACUGGGAACCGGCACAAUCACUGGGCCGGCUUGUACGGCCGGCUCGAGUGGGACGGCUUCUUCAGCACAACAGUCACCAACCCUGAACCGAUGGGCAAGCAGGGCCGCGUGCUUCACCCCGAACAGCAUCGAGUCGUGAGCGUCCGUGAGUGUGCUCGGUCGCAGGGAUUCCCGGAUACCUACAGGCUGUUUGGAAACGUACUCGACAAGCACAGACAGGUGGGUAACGCAGUGCCUCCGCCUCUGGCAAAAGCCAUCGGACUCGAGAUCAAAGCGUGUGUGUUGGCCAAAAUGAAAGAGGAAGCUGCAGAGUCUAUCAAACAGGAAAAGAUGGAAAUUUUGGAUUAAAUCCCUCUCCUCCAAGUUCCAGCACCCGAACACCCAAACAUGCACUGAUUGUUUUAAUUCUUGGUCAUUGUUUCUGGGUUUAUUUUUUUUUUCUUCCUUCUGGACUCUAAAAGAUGUUGGGCAGGGGGGAAGGGGUAUGUUUCUUUUCAAUUUGUCUCUGUUCAGCCUGUAUCUGUGAGCAGUGUCUGUCUGUUUUGAAGCUGUUUUGAUGUUCCAGGUUAUCAACGCAAGACCAUUCCCAGGCGAUCAACUGUACAGUGCCUGCCGCUUCAUGCGUGUGUGUAUGUGUGUUUGUGUGCGUGUGUGUGCGCGUUUGGGAGAGGGAAGGGUUAAGUACGAUGUUUUUAUUAUGCAUUAUAUUGAAAAAUUAAUCCACCACUUUAUAUAAGUGGAAUACUUUAUGUAGUUUUUAUAUGUUGUAAUAUUUCUUCAAAUAAAUCGCUCCUAUAAAUUAUGCCAAGGGGCAUUCUUGA